UCAUAUAUAAAAAACCGUCUGUGUCCAUGCAGUUUAGACGGUCACUUUACAACUCAUCAAAACGAUGUUUACACUAUUAAAUAUAAACACUGUUUUUGGACUUGCGACGAUCGCGUCCUUAGUUCUGUCACUUCCACAGACCCCGACGCCUCCGACGACGGCUGCGCAACGUAUUCCGAUCGGUGCAUGUGUAGUGGAUGGAAAGAUUUAUCAAAAUGGUGAGACUAUUCAUCAAGACAAGGAGAACUGUUUCUACAGUAGCUGCCUCCAUGGCUACGUCGUGCAAGGAGACAACGUGUGUUUUUUUGGUCAGCCAGACUGCCCCAAUGGUCAUCUGGUGGACAUUCCCGGUCAGUGCUGCCACGAGUGUAUCAAGGACAUUACCACCGUGCCGCCUUCUGCGAUUGUCGGCUAAACAGACAACCAGUGACAUUUAUGAUUAAAUUGGCUUUAUCUUCAACCGCUGGAGCGUUCCAUUCUUAUAGAGACUUAUUUAAAGAUAAUUAUUGUUUGACGUCGUUACUUGAAAUAUUUUAAAACAGGCAGAAGGAAUGUG